AUGUUAUUUGAUCAAAAAACUAAUAUUGAUACUGGUGGUGCACCAUUAUCAUUACCAGUUAAUUAUGAAAGUAAAGUGAUUGCUCCAAGAAAUCCAACAUUAAAUCGUGGUUCAAAAAUUGAACCAAAAUUUACACCAUCAACAUUUUUAAAAGAAAUGUCAUUAGAUACUCAACAAAAAUUACUUAAUACAAGAGAAAUGUAUCUACCAAAAAUAAUUUCUCUAUCAGAUAUGUCUGAAACAUCAUUACAAACAACAUCAAAAGUUGACAUUGAUGAACCUCUAUUUCAACCAUAUCCAUCGGAUAUUACUUUUCAAAAAUAUGAACCAUUUAAUACAUAUGAAGUACCUUUAUUACUUCGAAAUAAUGAUAAAGUAGCAAGAGUAGUUAAAGUAUCACAAGUUGACACACCAUAUUUCACAAUUGUUGCUCCAUCAAAUGCAUAUCAAAAAGUAGCACCUGGAGUUGCCCUUGUUUUUCGUAUUCAAUUCAAACCGGAAGAACAACGAGAUUAUGCACAUGAAAUUUUAGUAGCAACUGAGCGUGAAAAAUUUCUUAUACCAAUACGAGCUAUUGGUGCUCGAGCUAUUUUAGAUUUUCCUGAUUCUAUUACAUUUCCAACAACAGCUGUAAAAAGUACAAAUAUGAGUAAAGUUUUAUUUGUUCGAAAUAUUGGUAAUCGUGAAGCUCGUUUUGUUUUACAAAUAAAUAAACCAUUUCAUGUUUCACCUGAAAAUGGUCUUUUACCUGUUGGUGAAAGUAUGCAAGUAACUAUUGAUUUUAAUCCAAUUGUAAAUGGUGAAAUAAAAGAUGAACUUGUUAUAAUUUAUGAUACUGGAGAAAAAGUUUAUGUUAAUGUAUAUGGUGUUGCACAAGAUAUAAAUGUUCGAUUAGAAAAAAGAUCUGUUCAUUUUGAAAAUACAUACUUAGAAAUGAUUAAUCAACGUACUGUAACAUUAUCAAAUCGUAGUGAUCAAUUAGUUCAUUUUCAAUGGAAACAAUAUGCUACAGAACGUGAAGAAGAACAACAAAAAUUACGACAACUUCAUGCAUUAUCAGAAGAAGAAGUUAAUGCAUUACAAAAACUAAAUGUUAAUACUAAUGAAUCUCCAUCAGCUGGUCCAUUUGAUUUUGGUGUAUUAAUUCAACGUACAUUUAUUAAUCAUCGUCGUCAAUUAACAAAUGAAUCUUAUUUAUUUAAUCAUCCAAAUUUUCGUAUUGAUCCACUUGAAGGUGAUAUAUGGCCAGGUGGUAAUUUAGAUAUUCAAGUUUUAUUUAAACCAAAUGAAGCACAUAAAUAUGAACAAACAGCAUGGCUUGAUGUUGUUGGUCGUGAACAACGUUUACCAUUAACAUUAACAGGUGAUGGUGAUGGUGCAAAAUUAGAAGCAUCAUUUCAAACAUUAGAUAUUGGUUGUGUUUAUGUUGGUUCAACACAUCUUUAUGAAGUUGUUUUAGCUAAUAAAGGUUUUAUUGAAGCACGUUAUCAUAUACGUAAUUCAAAUUCUACAUUUGGUUCAUGUUUUCAAUUUGAUCCAUCAUCUAGUACAAUAUCAAUUGAAAAUUAUCAAGCUAUACAAAUAACAUUUCAUAGUGAACAACUUGGACAAUUUAAUGAAAUAUUUAAUGUUGAAAUAGAAGGUAAUCCACAAAAAUUACCAAUAACAAUAUCUGGACAAGUUAUUGGACCAACAUUUUAUUUUGAUCAAGCACAAUUAAAAUUUGGUCUUGUUUCAUAUGGUUUUCAAACAACAUUAAUAUGUCAUUUAUAUAAUACAUCACUUGUACCAAUGCCAUUUAAAUUACAUAUUGAUCAAGAUAAAAAUAAAAAAAUUAAUCUUGUUUCAUUUGAUGAUGAUGAAGAUGAAGAAGAUGAAGAUAUAAUAAAUAAUAAUGAAUUUCAAAUAAGACCAUCACGUGGAAUAAUUCCACCACAAAGUGAUACAAAAAUUUAUGUCGAUUUUAUACCAAAAUCAAUUCAAAAAUAUGAUACAUUUUUACAAGUUGAUGUAGAUGGUGUUGGAAAUAAUAUUUUUUCAUUACCAAUUACAGCUAAGAGUACUGUUCCUCGUAUAACUCUUCAUAAUGAUAUACUUGAUUUGGGUCGUACAUUUUUAAAUCAUCCAAAUGAACGUUAUAUACGUUUACAAAAUUCUACAAGUCUUCCAAUGCGUUAUCAAUUUUUAUAUCCUCAUUCUGGAUAUUUACAUUUUCAAUCAAAUGAAAGUGAAGGUGUUAUUGAUGCAAAUACAACACGUGAUAUUCCAUUAAUAAUAACAAUUAAACAACUUGGUGAUAUAACAGAAAAAAUUGAAAUACAUCGAGUUGGUGCACGUGAUCCACCAUUAGAAUUAGAAAUAACAGCAACAGGUACAGGACCUGUUUUAUUUAUUGAUCCAAAUGAAAUACGUUUUGGUACAAUAAGUGUACUUGAUGAACAUACACAAAUAUUAUCAUUAUCAAAUGAAUCACCAAUUCCAGCUGUAUUUCGUUGUGAAUUUGAUAAGAAAAAUUCAUGUUUUUCAUGUAUACCUAAUACAGGUAUUGUUGAACCACAUACAUCAAUGGAUGUUCGUGUUGUUGCAAAACUUAAUGAUCGAUUAAAAUUUAAUGAAGAAUUAAUUAUCUAUGUUGAUCAUAGUUCACCACGUACAAUACUUGUUACAGCACAAGGUACAGGUGCAUUAAUUGUACCUGAUAUUCCAAUAUUUCCAUCACUUAAUUUGGGUUCACGUUUUGUUGGUACAUCAAUUGUACAACGAAUACAUUUUACAAAUAAAGGACGUCGUCAAUUGGCUGUUCAUUUUAUACCUGCUGGUGAUACAACAGCAGCAUAUGGUGUACAAAGAAAAGCAAAAGUUAAUAAUAAUAAAGAAACUGAAUCAAAUCGUUCAUUAGAACAAGCAUUUCGUCUUGAACCUGAACGAUUAGAAUUUGCACCAGGUGAAACACGUUUAUUAACUGUAACAGGUUUUGCAGUACAACCAAAAAUUGUUGAUGAAAUAUUUACAUGUUUAGCUAUAAUUGGUCGUUCAACAGGUCGUGAUAAAUUACUUUCAUUAAAAAUUCAUUGUGAAUUUGUUGAACCAUUAAUGUCAUUUUCUAAAACUGAUCUUUAUUUUCGUGUUGAAUAUAAUGAACAAACAAUAAUAGAUGGUUUACGUACACCAAUAUCAUCUGAAUUAACAUUUUCAAAUAUAUCAGCUAUUGAUUUAACUGCUAAUCUUCGUGUAAAACAUCCAUUUUUAUUAAAAAAUGAUUCCAAUGAUGAUUCAAGUUCAACAACACCAUUGGAUAGUACUGAUGAAACAACACCAGAUAUACCACCAGGUUUUACAUUAACAAAAAAAAUUAAAAUAUUAACUGGAAUGAGUUAUUCGGAACUUAUUUAUUUUGAUCCAAGUGCAAAUACAAAAGAAUUAUCAUGGAAAUGUGAUGAACAAUUAGUUUUUACCUAUGAAGAACAUGCUUUUAAUGAUAUAAUUAAUUUACAUGGUGAAGUACAUUAUCCAAAUUUAUUAAUUGAACAUACAGAUCUUGAUUUUGGUUGUAUACUUAAUGGAACAGAAGUAACUCGAUAUGUAACAAUGGUUAAUGUAAGUCCAUUACCUGUAAAAUAUCUUUGGGCAUUUAUUCUUGAUGAAAAUGAUCGAAAUUAUUCAUUUGAACCACAACCACAAACAAAUAUAACAUCACCACAAUUAAAUCAAACACAAAUUCAAAGUGGACCAUGGUCAGAAACUUCUGAACAACAAAUUACAUAUGAAACAGCAAAUCUUACUCCUAAACUUGAAGAAAUAUUUGAUAUUUCACCUUUUUUUGGUUGUCUUCAACCAGGUGAAAUCGAAAAAACUGCUAUUCGUUUUUAUGGUCAUCCAGGUAUAAAAACAGCUAUUAAAGCUAUAUGUCAAAUAGAAAAUGGUCCUGUUUAUGAACUUUAUCUUCAUGGUCAAGCAUCAUAUAUGGCAUAUCGUUUAAAUACACAUGAACUUAAUUUUGGUGAUGUACAUUUUGAUAAAUCAGCAACACAUACAUUAACAUUAACAAAUGUUGGUAGUGUACCAUUAGAUUUUCAUUUUUUAAAUUUAAUAAAUUUAAAUAAUAUACAACAAUAUGCACAUAUUGAUGUUGAACCUGAAUCUGGUAUAUGUCAACCAUAUACAUCAACAAUAAUAACAAUAAAAUUUCUUCCAAAUAUACCUGAAAAAUUUGAAAAAAUUUUAUAUUUUCAAGUAGCACAUUUUCAACCAGAUGAAAUACAUUUAAUUGGUACAGGAAUGUUUAAUCGUUUAGAAAUAAAUUUACCACGUUUUAUUAUAAAUAAUUCUAUUGAAGAACAAUUAUAUGAACAAAUAAAAGAAAAAUCUGAUGAAAAAUUUCUACAAAAUCAACUUGAUAAACUUAUUGUACAAAAUUUUAUACAAAAAUCAAAUGAUAUUAAUCCACAAUUUGUUGAAUCUAUUGAACAAUCAAAUUUAUUUCAACAAUCACAACAACAACAAUCAAUUAAUUUAAGUAAUCAAUCAUUAUCUGUAUCAACAACAAGUUUAUCAAAACGUAGUAUAAUUAGUAAAACAAUACCUAUUUUACCUGAUUAUUUAGUUGAUUUUAAUUAUAUUAUAUUGGGUACUGUUCGACAACAAAUAAUAUAUAUUAAAAAUCCAACAAAUAAUAAUAUUACAUUUCGUUUUGAUCGAUUAGCAUAUAAAAAUACAGGUUUUUCAUUUGAUUGUGAUCAUAUUAAAAAUUUACCACCUGGUGAAAUUAUUCCAAUAACAAUUACAUUUGAUCCACGUGGAGCUAAUCUUGAAUUAGGAUCUGUAGAAUGUCGAGUACCAGUUGAGGUUACUUCUGGUCCUACAUUUCAUUUACGUCUUAAAGCUAUUGUAACAAUGCCAGAUUUAAAUGUAUCCAAUGAUACACUUGAUUUUGGUACUGUUAAAUGUGGUGAAUGUAAAAUUGCAACAAUACAAUUACGAAAUCCACAAGAAAUUCGAUGUGAAUGGAUUGCUGCAUAUCCAGGAGAAGAUUCAAAUGGUAAACAAGUAGGUCGUUUUCCACGUCGUGGUAAUACUAGUGCUAAUCGACGAAAACCAUCAACACGUAUUUUUGAAGUUUUACCACCAUCUGGUGCACUUUUACCUGGUCAAAAAACAAAUGUUCAAAUUAAAUUUACACCUACUGAAGAAACAAAUUAUGAAUCACGUGUUUUAUUACGUAUUAAUCAAAGUAGUCAACGUUUAAUGAUUAUAUGUCGUGGUGUAGGUCUUGAACCUCAAAUUAUAAUUGGACAAAUGCAGGGUGAUAUAUUUGAACCAACAACAUCAAUUGUUUUUAAUCCAAUUUUAACACAUAGUCAAGGUGAUGAACAAGAUAUUGUUAUACGUAAUCCAUGUACAUUUCCAGUUGAAAUUUAUAAUCUUGAAUUUGAUAAACAAUAUCUUGAAGAAGAAAAAAUUCUUCGUCUUUUACCAGGUUAUGAUGAAAAUAAUAAUAUUCUUUUACCAACACGAGCUGCUGGAGAUAAAUUACCAGCUGAAUUACAAAAAUUUUAUGAUGAUGUAGUCAAACGAGCAGAAGAAGAAAAACAAGGAGAUGUAACAAAAAGAACAGAUGAAACACCAUUCCCUAUUGAUGGAAUUGAAUCAAAUGGUGGUGAAUUAAUUUCUUCAUCACAACAACCAACUACUAGUGGUGAACGUAUUGUUGAUAGAGCAAUUUCAAAUUCUAUUGGUGAACCUACUGAUUCGUCUACUGAUAAAAGUGAAACAACAUUAAAACGUGUUGCAGAAAAAAUUAUUAAUUAUGAUAUGACACCUGUUGCACAAGCAUUAGCUCGUCAUUUAGGUAUUGAUUUAAGUUCAGAUGGUAUACAAGCACGUAAUCGACGUGGUAUUUCUAUUAUUGUUCAUGGACCACCUGGUUCAGGAAAAACCAUGAUAUCACGUGAACUUAGUCAACGUUAUGAUUGUGCAUUAUUAAAUCUUGAUCAAGUAAUUAUUGAUGCUAUUGAUAGUCCACAACGAAGUGAAUAUGCUCAACGUGCUUAUUUAAUGUGUCGAGAUGCAUUUGAAAAACAUGUUGAAGAACAACGAACAACAGAAAUUGAUGCUGAUCAUGCUCCUACAACUCAAUUAGGUGCACAUACUAAAAAAGUUCCUGAUAAAAAGAAAAAAAAUUCUGAAGCAGUUGAUCCAAAUGCUCAACCAACAACUGUUGAAGCACAACCAUUGACUUCACCUCUAUCAGUUAAAUUUAAAAUACAUAAAAAUCCAAUAAUUCAUACAGAUGGAGAUUUAUUGGAAACACGAAAUGAAACAGAUGAUAAUCCAGAUGAUACAGAUGAUCAAGAAGAACUUAUGACAUAUGUUCUUACAGAAGAUAUUUUUGUUGAAAUUCUUUCUGCAAGACUUCAAAGAUCUGAUUGUAUUCAUGGUGUUAUAUUCGAUAGUCUUGAAACAUCAUUUCUUGCUAAUUGUUCACAAGCAGCAAUAGCAGUUCUUAAAGCAAUUAAUAAUCGUUCAUAUAUUUAUGCAUUAAUAACAAAUUUUUCUUAUUCGAAAUACAAAGAAGCUCAAGCUAGAGCUGAAGAAAUUCGUCGUUUUGAAGAACAACAACGAGAACAAAAUGAAAAUGAAUAUGUUGAAGAAAUGGGUGAAGAUGAAUAUGAUGCAUUACCUGAAGAAGAAAAACAACGUAUUGAUCAAAAACGAUUACAACGAAAAAAAGAUCGUCUUCUUAGAGAACAACGAAAUAAAGAAGAAAAAGCUCGAUUAGAACAAGAACGUUUAAUGUUAAAAGAAGCAGAAUCACAAAAAAAACCAAAAAAACCUGGUUCAAAUCCUGCAGCAGCAGCAGCUGCAAGUAAAGGUGGAAUAGCACCAACAAGUGGAAGUGAAAAAGGUACUUCAGCAGCUACAGCUGCCACGGCUGCAGCAACUGCUGCUGGUGGAAAAACAAGUGCUCGACCUACAUUAAUUAGUGCACGUGGUCCACCUGUUUCUGAUCGACCUAAUGCAAAAGUUGAAGGAAUAAGUAGUGAUGAAAAUGAAAAAAAAAAGACAAAUAAAAGUGAUGCAAAAUCUGCUAAAGAAACUACUAUUAAAGAUGAUUCAGAUAAUGCAAAUAAUUUAGCUAAAGCAUCAGUUACAAGUGAUGCUGAAGAUGAAAAAGAAAAGAAAAAAGAUCGAGAAUUAUUAGUCAAAUUUAAAACAUUUGAAUUUUAUCGUAAUGAUUUACUUAAUGUUUUUGAUUUAUGGGAUCGAACAAAAGGUGUAACACGAAGUCCACCAACACCAACAAAUCAAUCUGAAGAAGAACAUACAACUGGUGCAAUGGGAACUGGUACUGUUAUGAAAAAACCAAUACAAAAAAAAGGUAAAAAAACUGAUGCAAAAGAUAGAGAAAAAACUGAAAGAGCAGAAGAUGGUGGUCAAGCAGGUACUCCUAAUCAACAACAACUUGCAAGUACAACACCAACAAAUCUCGAUGAAAGUGGACAACCAAUCAAAGAUGAUUCUAAAAAACAAUCACCUUCAGGAACAGAUGAAAUUAUUAAUAUUCCAACAAUUCAAAUUGAUACACCUGUAGAUUAUAGUUCAAAUCAACCAUUACCAUCAGAAUUAUUGGAUUCAAUUAAAAAUCGUUUACCAACAUUAGAUCAAGUACUUGAUGGAAUGGGUCAAGGUCCACGUGGUCCACCUGUACCUAGACCAUUUGAAUUUGCUGUUGUUCCAUUUCCUGAACCACGUACAAAUCCACCUUGUGCUGAAUAUGGACAAUAUUUUUUUGUUGCUACACAUGAAAAUGAUCCAAAUUUAUAUCCCGAAGAUGGUAAAUCAAAAGAUGGUAAAACACCAGAACCAACAUAUAUUCCUGAUGAUGUCGAUAGUAAAGAUGCUGGAAUAAAAGGAAGACGUAGUCGAGGUGAUCGAGAAUCUAUGACAGCUAAACGUAAGACAAGUGGUGGACCUGGUGGUAGUACUGAAGGUAAAUCAACAGGACGUGUUACAUCGAAAGCAGGUGGUCGUAUUGGUGGAAAACAAUCACCAACACAUCAUUCAUCUGAUGGACAAGAUGGUACAAGUGAAUCAAGUCUUGAAAAACUUUUACCAAGAAUUGUUCGUUUUCGUUGGAUUAUUCCUGCUAAUAGUGAAAUUCGUGUUCGUCUUCGUUUUAUUUCAAGUGAAGUUGGACAAUUUGAUCAAACAAUAUCUUUUGAAAUUAUUGGUACAAAACGAAAUUAUAAAAUAUUUUGUCGUGGUGUAUGUACUUUUCCAUCGAUAAGUCGAGAACCUCGAACUGUUUUUCCAAAUCGACAAAAAACACGUAAACCAAAUGAAAUUGUUCAUAAAAAAUUUAUUCUUUCAACUGAACAAUAUGAUUUUGGUCCAUUAGUACUUGGCAAAGAUAUAAAUAAAAUACGUACUGGUAUUUAUUCAAAUAAUAUUGAAACAUUAACAAUUGAUAAUACAUCACCAAUGGAUGUUGAAGCUCUAUUUUGUUUCUUAAAUGAAGUUGAAUCAUCAAAAGCAGCAUUUUUUCUUGAACCAACUGAAAUGCAUUUAAAAUCAGGAGAAUCAAAAAUACUUAAAAUUAUGGCUAAUCCACCAAGAGAAGGUCAUUUUGAAGAUUCACUUGUUUGUUGUAUUAAAGAAAAUCCUGAACCAAUUGUUUAUAAAUUAUGUUGUGAUGGUUGUACACCUGAAUUACAAAUUGAACCAACAUCAUUCGAUUUUGGUCAAGUAUUACUUUAUAGAAAAGAAUCACGAAUUAUACGACUUAAAAAUACGAAAUUAAUUCCUGUUCGAUGGCGUCUAAUAGGUAUUGGUCAAGAAGGUAUUGGACAAGAAUUUUCAACUAAAACUGAUACGGGCAUUGUUGAACCAUUGAGUACAUAUGAAUUACAAUUAAAUUAUUAUGCUAGUCGACCACGAUCACCAGCAUCACAAAAAAAUAAACUUCAACUUAAACUUGAAAUAUCCGAUACUGAAGGUAUGCCAGGUGCUAUUAAAACUGUCAAUAUUCCUGUUAUGGUUGAACCAUAUGAUAUUGUUUUGGAUAUGACAUUUCAAAAAGGUAAUGAUCGUGGUAUUGAUUUUGGUAAUGUACGUGUUAAUCAAGAAACAAAACAAUCAUGUAUACUUAAAAAUAAAGGCAAACGAGAAAUAAAAUACAAAUUUGAAUUAGUACCAGAUACAAAAUCAAAAGUUGAUGCAAGUAAAUUUUUUGAAAUUGUACCAAAACAAGGAACUUUAGCUGCUGGUGGUGAUCGAAAUGCUCAAGCAACUUCAGUUAAUAUUGUCUUUAAACCAACAACUGAAAUACAUCUUCGUGAAGCUGAAAUAAUUGUUGUUAGUGUUAUAAAUGUAGCACCAUCACCAAAAGGAAUUGAAAGUGGUGGACAACUUAAUCAAUCAACAACACAUAUAGGUGCAUCACUAAGUACAUUAAAAGGUGGUAGUGAAGCAGGUGCUAUACGAAAUGUUAUUGCAGCUCAACAACAACCAGUUGCACCUCCAAUUGAAGAAGAAGUAGCACGUAUUCGACUUAAAAUUUCAGCUAAAGCAACAUAUAGCAAAUUUGUUUUAAUGCCUGAAAAAGAAGUUAAUUUUGGUCCUAUGCCAAUGGGUACUUCUCGUCGUAUAGAAAAAUUUAUUAUUGAAAAUCAUGGUGAACAUGAUUUUAAAUAUAUUAUAUCAAAAUAUCAACGUGAAGCUUCACCACAAAAAUUAAAUAUUAAAGAAUAUAAGAAAGUUUCACCAGCUAAUCGUGCUGAUUCAGCAAUGAGUGCAAAAACAGUACGAAAAUAUGAUCAAUCAAGAGAUGUACCAACUCAAGGUCGUUUACAAGUUGGACCAUUUACUAUUUCACCUGCAUUUGCAAUGAUUAUGCCAGGUGGAAAUACAACUGUUUCUGUUGAAUGUAUACCUGAAUCAGAUGUACCAAGAAAAUUUGAAGAAGAAAUUCAAAUUGAUAUUGCUGAUAAAAAUCCAGCUGAAUAUCCUCAAGGAAUUCUGUAUAAAUUAAAGAGUGAAUUAAUAGUACCACAAAUUGAUACAAGUGAUAUAUCAUCUAUAUUUGAAGAACAUCGUAUUGUUCGAAAUCUUUCAUCAUUUCAAAAUAUUGCUGAUUCAGUAACUGGAGGUGUUUAUGGUGAAGAAGAACGUCGUUUUCAAUUUCGAAAUGUUAUUGUUGGUCGAACAUCAAAAGCAAGAUUUAAAAUAACAAAUUCACAAAAAGUACCAGUUGAUAUAACUCUUGCUUUACGUCCAAUAAGUAAAGUACAGCGAGUCGUUGAAGCAUUUGAACUUGAUACUAAUCGUGCACAAAUUCCACCAUAUAGUAGUUAUUUUGCUGUUGUUUCAUUUACACCAACAUCUAUGCAAUCUUAUUCAGCAAUAUUUGAUGUUAUUAUUGAUGGACAAGUUAAAACAAAUAAAGAUACACGUAUUACACCAAAUUUUUCAUUUGAAAUUCAUGGUGAAGGACAUUUACCUCGUGUAACUAUUUUACGACCAGCUAUAAGAAAUAAAAAAGCACAAGCAAUGAUGAUAUUUAAUAAAUUAUUACUUGGACGACAAACAACACAACAACUUCUUUUACUUAAUGAUGGUGUUUUACCUGCUAAAGUUGAUUUUUAUUUACAUGAUGUUGAAAAUGUUUUUUCAAUUGAAACAUCAAAUGAAAAUCCACAUCCAGAACAUCUUGUUAUUAAUGAUAUAACACGAAAAGCUACAGUUGCUUCAGCUAUAUUUGAAGUUGGUCAAAAAAUAGCACUUGAUGUUUUAUUUAAACCUAAAACAACACAAGGACCACAACGAUAUGAAGCUGCUCUUCGACUUGUUGUUGUUGAUAAUCAAUAUGAAGAUACAAUUGUUCAAUUAAUUGGUGAAAGUUAUACUGAUGAUAUUACACUUGAUAAUAUUCAUGGAUUUGUUACAGCUGAUGAAAAUUUAACUAUUGAAAGUGGUCAACAGACUAUUGUGGAAGAAGAUGCACCAAUUUCACUUUCAAAUACAAUAAAUUUUGGUGAAGUUCAUUUAAAUGAAUCUCGACAAAUACUCUUUUCUAUAACCAAUCAUCAUCAAAAAGAUUCUGUACGAUUUGAAUGGCCUGAACAUUCUCAAUGUACAUUUUCACCACGUGUUGGUCAUCUUCAUGCUGGUUGUACAAAAGAUAUUCAAGUAACAUUUAAAACAAAUAAACCAAUUCAAUUAACAAAAGAAAAAAUUCUUUGUUCAAUAAUUAAAAUAACAUUUGAUCGUCCAAUUAAUGAAGUACCUGAUUGGGAUGAUCGUAUGCGUUCAGUUCGAUGGAUUGAUGUUCCACAACCUGUUAUUGAUACAACUAAUCCUGAAAUACAACGUACAAAUCGUCCAGCAAGAAAAAAAAUUAUUGAAGCUGAUAUUGAACCAAUACAUCAACGUAUUGAAGAACAAACACGUCUUUUAGAUAUAUAUAUAUCUGCUAUAGCUGAUUAUUGUCGUUAUAAAUGUAGUGAUUUUGAAAUUCGAUAUUUUGAUACAGCUAUAUUACAAACACGUAUUCAUGAAGUAACAAUUACAAAUCGUGGUAAAGUAUCAUUUAAUUAUUCAUGGCAAGUACGUAUGGAAGAUAAUCAACGACCAUUUACACCAAUGAUUGAUCGUGAUCCACCAACACCUGAACCAACCGAUGGUACUCGAAAAGGACAUAAAGGUGGUACACGUACUCAAGCAGCAAAUAUUCCAACAACAGAUUCAUCAAAUAUACAAGAAUCACCAACAGUUCCAACAACAUCACGAGGAAAAGAUAAAUUAACAAAAGAAACAAGUAAAUUAACAGGUAAAGAUGGACAAACAGGAAGUAAAAUAAAAGGUGCACGACCAUCAAUUAAAUCAAAUAUAACAGCUGAAAGUUUAGCUGAAGAAAAAGAAAAUGAAAAUGAACCUGGAUUUUUUACUGAAGGUGCUAAUUUAACUGAUAUACAACGUGGUGAUUCAGAAUCAAGUGUUCGAUCACCACCAAGUAUUAUGACUGAAGUUGGUUAUAUACCAUUUAUGAUUGAACCCGAUACUGGUUCAAUUGCUGUUGGUGCUAGUCAAAUAUUUAAAAUUAAAUUUGCACCACUUGAUGUUAAUGAUUAUCAAGCACGAUUGACUUGUUGUAUACCGAAUUUAGAAACAGCUAAACCAGGACCAGUUGUAGCUGUUCGCGGUCGAAGUAUUUUACCAUUCUGUCAUUUUGAAUUAGAAGAAUCUGAUUAUUUAACAAGUGGUCGACGACGUCUUGAUCUAUUAAUUAAUAAUAGUUCAUCACAAGCACCAGCUACAUUUAUUGAUCGUCAAACUCGUGUUAUUGAAUUUAAAGCUGUUGGUAUCGGAUCAACACUAAAUAGAUCAUUUUCUGUAUUAAAUCCAACGGAUACUGAUUAUACAUAUCGAUGGAUAUGUGAAGAUAAUCUUGAUUUAACAAAACAACCAUCAUUUGUAUGUCGUACUGUACAAGGCAAAAUAGCAUCAGGCAAAGGAGUUUUAAUGUCAUUUGAUUUUUUUCCACGUUCAUUUGGAAUAAUUGAAUCAAUGUAUCGUUUUGAAAUUCCAACACAUUCUUUAUCUGUACCAUUUUUACUUGUUGGUCAAGUUAAUGAACCACAAAUAUUAUUUGAUCGUACAUUUAUUUCAUUUCAUCCAGCUUUAAUUGGUCAUUAUGUUGAAGAAAUUUUAACAUUAAUUAAUAAAGAAAAUCGUUCAUUUCAUUAUCAAUUUCUUGAACGUUGUUUUAUUAAUGGUACAACAAAUAAUGAUUUAAUUAUUGAACCAUCAUCAUCUGGUAUAAUAAAUGAAAAUACACGUUUACCAUUACGUUUAAUAUUUCGUCCAACACAAAAUCGUUCAUAUACAUAUUUAUUACAAUGUCGUAUUGAUGAAACAAUUGAAUUAUUAAAUGUUAAUAUUAAAGGUGAAGGUUUUGCUAAUUUAUCAAGUGUACAAUGUGAAACAAUUGAUGGUAAUCGUUAUGAUUUAAAAUCUAUACAAAAUGGUACAAAUGAAAUACAUUUUGAUGAUGUUUUAAUUGGUAAUAUAGCAUCAAGACAAAUACAAAUAUCAAAUGAUGGUAAAUAUUCAUUUGAUUUUAAUUGGAUACAUGAUAAUGAACAAGAUAUGGGACCAUUUACAAUAACACCAAUAAAAGGUACAAUAUCAAAUAGUCAAAAACAAAUAUGUCAUAUUACAUUUGAACCACGUACACGUGAACAUCGUUCAUUAAUACAACGUUCAAUACAAUUAAAUAUAAUUAAUGGUUUAAAAUAUGAUUUAUUACUUAUUGGACAAACAACAACACCAAAUAUAAAUUUUUCAUUUUUAACAUAUAAUUUUGGUACAUGUUUUGUUUAUCGUGCUGGUAUGCCAGAAAAUACAUGUCAAUUAAUAAUAACAAAUCAAGAUACAAAAGAUCAUACAAUUGAAUGUUUAUAUCAAUCAACAGCACAAUUAAUGUUAGAUUUUAAAACAGGUUUAAUAUCAUCAAAACAAAGUAUUGUUUGUAAAUUUACAUUUUAUCCACGUGAACAAAAAAUUUAUCGAGAAAAUAUUCAAUUUGAAAUUGAUGGUUUAACAAUUAUUAAUGUUAUUAUUGAAGGUGAAGGUGUUGAUUUUCGAGUUGAAUUAGCUGAACCAAAACAUAAAAUUCUUAAUUUAGGUGCAUUACAAGCAGGUAAAAGUGUUACACGUGAAGUUUGUCUUGUUAAUCGUAGUCGUGCAUGUAUAUCGAAUUGUUACGUAACAUUACUUGCAUCGGAAAAUAGUACCGUUCGUGAUACUCUAACAAUUCAACCAACAAGUCCAAUAGCAUUAAAAGCUCGAGGUGGUACAACAACCGUAUCAGUUAAAUUUACACCUCGUUCACGUUUAGCACCAUUUGUUGAACAAAUCUUUUUAAAAUAUGGUGAUUUAGAUGUUCCAAUGUUUGCUGUACGUGGUUGUUGUCAAGGUUAUGAUAUAACUCUUGAUUCUGAUACACUUCCAUUUGGUGCUGUUGGUAAAGAUUGUUCAUUAACACGUAAACUUAUUCUAUCAAAUCGUGGUGAUAUUGGUGCAUCAUUUUCAUGGAAUAUUGCACAAUUACGUGAUACACCAUUUCGUGUAUCACCAACAAAUGGUUAUAUUGCACCAGGACAAGAAACAACAAUUGAAUUUAUUUUUCAACCACGUACUAUACGACAUGAUAUACGUUGUGAUAAACUUGAAUGUCGAUUAGAAGGUACACAAUCUGUUUAUGUAACAUUAUGUGGUUCAUGUAUUGAAGUUGCACCUGCACGUGAAACAAUUGUUAUAACAACAGCUGUACGUUCAAAAGAAUUAUCAAAACCAAUUGUAUUAAAAAAUAAUACAAAUACAUUAUGGACAUUAACACCAAUUAUAAGUGGAGAAUAUUUUUCUGGUUCAGAUACAGUUAUUAUUGAAUCAAAUUCAUCAAAAAAUUAUGAAUUAACUUAUUUACCAUUAACUGAAGGUAAACAUAAUGGUACAUUAUUUUUUCCAUUACCAGAUGGUAAUGGUCUUCUUUAUAAUGUUAUUGGUAAUGCUGAAGCACCACGUGCAUCAGGUAAAUUUAUACGUGAAGUACCAUGUAAAACACCAUAUGUUGAAUUAUUAUCAAUUGAAAAUUGGUUAAAAAAACCACAACGUUUUCGUGUAACACAUGAAAUAAUUAAACAAGAUCGUCCAGAAGUUACAACAACAAUAAAAUAUUUAGAAUUUAUUGAUGUUGCACCUAAAUCAAAACGUGAUUUUAAAUUACAAUUUUAUUCAUAUAAAGAAUGUAUACAACAAAUAAAAAUUAUAUUUAAAAAUGAACAAACACAAGAAUAUAUAUGGUAUGAUAUAACAUUUAAAUCAAUUGUUGAUAAACGUAAUGCACCAACAAUAGCAAAUAUUGAUUUAACAACACAUGUACGACAACAAACAUCACAUGAUAUUAUACUUGAUAAUCCAUUACCACAUAAAGUUACAUUUCAAGGUCAAUGUUCACAUCCAGAUAUACUUUUACCACCUGAACAAGUUUCAAUUCCAGCUAAUUCACAAGGUUCAUUUAAUUUUACAUAUAUGCCAUUAAAAGCAGGCAAAGUUGAAACACGUCUUGAAAUGAAUUCAACUGAACUUGGUUUAUAUACUUAUAUGUUAACAUUAAAUGCAUUACCAGCACGUCCUGAACGAACAUUAUAUUUUAAAGCACCAUUAGGUAAUUUACAAGUAUUAACAGCAAAAUUUACAAGUUAUGCACGUACAAAAACUGAUUAUAUUUGUAAAAUUGAUCAUCCAGAUUUUAUUGUUGAUAGAACUGUAACAGCAGCACCAAGUUCAUCACCAUCAACAAUGGAAGUUAGUGUUGAUGUUACAUAUGAACCAUCACAAUUAGGUGAUGUACGUGCAACAUUAACAAUUAGUUCACCAUCAAGUAGUGAUUAUACAUUUCCAUUAGUUGGUCUUGGUGAAUUACCUAAACCACAAGGUCCAUUUACAAUUAAAGCUGGUGGUAAUACAACAAUAACAUUUAAAAAUAUAUUUGCUCAAGCAUUAACAUAUACAUUUAAUGUUGAUAAUCCACUUUUUCAUGUUACUAAAAGUCAAGAAUUAAUUCAAGCAAGAAAAUCACAUCGAAUUGUUGUUUCAUUUGAUGGAUCAGAUACAACAAAUAAAGCUGAUGUUAUGGCUAAAUUAAUUGUUUCAUGUCCAAAAACUACAGGAUCAACAAAUACAUCAAGUUCAAGUGUACAAUGGAUUUAUUAUCUCAAAGGUAUUACACCUUCAUAG